AUGCCUUCCAUCGGAACUCUAGCCUCUGUUACCAUACCUGUUAUCACAGAAGCGGAAGCAAAUGUUUUAGCUUUGUAUGACCAGCUGCAGCAACUUGAGCUUGAAGCCGCACUCCUCCAAUCCCGGCAGGGCCAUCCGCUUCCUAGCCAUGAUUCUUCAGGCAACCAAACACAGGUCCUAGAGGCCAAGGCGACUCUUGCUUUGCGCAACAGCGUGGUAGACAACGUUGUGGUAGUCCAACCGACAUUGAACGCAGUUCAUCAGGCAACCGAAACGUCGGUGGUUGAACGGGCACUCUUACCCAUCAAUCAAGAGCGGGAUGCAGCCGUGACUCGGACUACCAAAACAUGCGCAGAACUACAAACCCUACGAAGUCGCUUAGCGGAGCUUGAAAUUCAGGUGCUGCAUGUCAGUCAUCAAAACACCAAGCUAGCUUCUGAGGCUCUGCAGCUCGCGGGGAAAAUGGCUGACCAGGCCCUGGAGACGGGAGGCAAUACAAAGUCUCAAAGCGAACUCGCGACACUAGAAAGCCAGGUCAAGGCGAGCCAGCACAGAUGGAGGGUCAUGAAGGGGGUAACUAGUGCUGUUGUUACUGGAAGCGGUGUUGACUGGGCUCGAGAAGAGCAGUUCAAGGAACUGGUUCUUGAUUCGUCAAAUUGUUAG